CUCAAUAUCACACCUUUGUUUUGAUUGACAUUUCACCUCACAUCUAUACUUGACUAAUUUGCUUUUACGACUUUUUAUUGGCUUUUUAUCCCCCUUCCCCCCUCUGUUAAUAUAUUUAUUUAUGGAAUGAAACUGUCACGUGUAACUUAAAAGCUCGAUUUUUAAAAAAAAGCACCUCUUACUAGUUCGCUGUCAGGACAGAAGUUAUUAUAAGUUAAAUUCUUGCGUGUGCUGGAUUAUAUCACCUGACAUGUCAGAAGAAGAGAAUUUCAUAUAUGGAACUUUCCCUGAGAACUUCAAGUGGUGUACAGCCACCUCAGCUUUCCAGAUUGAAGGAGGUACCACUGAAGAUGGUCGAGGCCGUAGCAUCUGGGAUACAUUCUGCCAGAUUUCAGGAAACAUUAUUGACAAUUCAACAGCAGACAUCUCAUGUGACAGCUACCACAGAUAUAUGGAGGAUGUUUCACUUCUGAAGAACCUUGGUGUGAAGUUUUAUCGAUUCUCAAUAAGUUGGUCUCGUGUCAUACCUGAACCGACAAAGGGUGUAAAGGUGAAUGAAGCUGGUAUCCGCUACUACAACAACCUCAUAAACAGCCUGAUAGCUGUUGGAAUUAGCCCUAUAGUGACGCUUUACCAUUUUGACCUUCCUCAAGACAUACAAGAUGAGGGCGGUUUCUUAAAUGAAGACUUGCUCGUCAAAUGCUUCAAGGAAUAUGCUGAUGUUUGCUUCCAAAACUUUGGGGACCGAGUAAAAUAUUGGGCUACUUUCAAUGAACCAAGGCAGAUAUGUACUCUUGGAUAUGGUUUGGGGUUGAUGGCACCUGCUGUACACAGUCCCAAAACUGGGAUCUAUCAAGCAGCCCAUUCCUUACUGAAAGCCCAUGCCACAGUUUGGCAUUUGUAUAAUGACAAUUACAGAAUCCACCAGAAUGGGAAGGUUUUCAUAGUUCUCUGUUCAGAAUAUGUUAUGGCUAAAGACCCAGGGAAUGAUUCCGAUGUCGAAGCUGCAGACCUGGCAAUGCAAUUUAAACUGGGAUGGUUUGCACAUCCCAUCUACAUCAAUGGUGAUUAUCCUUCAGCUAUGAAAAACAAGGUUCUUCUUCUCAGCCAGCAAGAAGGAUUAAAGAAUUCUCGACUCCCAGAGUUUUCUGAAGAAGAUAAGAAAUUUCUCAAAGGUACGUCAGAUAUAUUUGGUAUGAACGUCUAUACAGCUAGACUGGCAGAAUAUCAACAGAGAGAUAAUCCUCCUUUGCAACCAUCUUUAGAUUUGGAUGAAAUUGUUAAACUUUCAGUUGAUCCUAAAUGGACUGAUUGUGGCUCAAUUUGGUUAUACAUCAUCCCUUCAUGCAUACGGAAAAUUCUUAAUUGGAUUAAAAGGGAAUACAAUUCUCCUGAGGUAUUAUUGACGGAAACAGGUUUCAUGGAUAAAACAGGCAGCUUAGAUGAUGAACACCGUGUGAACUCUUUCAAACUUUACAUCAAUGAAGUGCUGAAAGCUGUGACCCUGGAUGAAUGCAAUGUAAUUGGCUUUACUGCUUGGUCACUUUUGGACAAUUUUGAAUGGAAUUUUGGAUAUUCAGAGAAAUUUGGCUUGGUCAACGUUGACUUCAGUGACAAGAACAGAACACGCAAACCAAAGAAAUCUUAUCAUUACUAUGCUGAAAUAAUAAAAAACAAUGGAUUUUUAAAACCCCCAAAGUAGUCUGCACUAUACCUUAUAGAAUUUCUAAGUUGGUGCAAUGAACAUGGGAUUUUUGGUGGGGAACAGAGCGUCAUAUUUCAAAUAAGCAGAAAUGAAAAAUUAAUAAUUAAACUGGCAAAAAUUAAAAUUACCAUUUUUUUUUUUUUUUUUAAGGACAAAGAUUUGGCAGAAAUAGUAGAAUACUGGUUUCAAAUCCUGCCUGGGACAUCUUUGUCUUUCAUCUUUUUGGAAGGAGGUUGAUAGAAUAAAUACUAACUGUUUUUGUUGUUCAAGUGAAACAUGAUCAAGCAAACCUACGUGAUCAAAGGCAUUUCAAGCAUGACUGUCUUGUAAUUUUGGAGAUAUUUAGCUCUACAUUAUCCAAUUUGUUCCUCUCUUUAAAAUAAAGAAUAAAUCAGGAGAGAAAAACACAAUAGGUGUGAUUUAAGGAAGACUUUGCAGCUAUUUCUGGCAGAUUGGAUAAUCACCUAGAGCUGUAGUUCUCAAACAAUUCUUUUUAUCUGCAGCUGACUUAAAAACAAACAAAAACAGUUUGGUUCAUUCUGUGCAUAAAUUUAAAGAUAAAUGUGUUAGAUAUACUUUAAAUGUAAAUAAUUGAGACUAAAGCAAAUUAUAAAGUUCUUUAUCCAGUAAAUAAAGCCUAAUUGUCAAAACUU